ACGCAGAGGCGCCGCGCGGGCCAACGGGUCGCGUGAUGCAAUGCGGGCGUUGUCGGCCACGCGAUCGCGGGACUAUAAAGACGCCUUGAGGCCUUUUGGGCCAGCGGCAUUUCUCGCUGACACACGCUGACACACGCAGCUGCAUUCCUGCACAGACCAGGCCUACGCGAUGCCUCCAGGUGCACUCGUCGACGUCAGCCGCGCACACACCGCGCACGCCAAAUAUUGUUCGUCGUCUUCGGAAAGACGUUCCGGCCUCGGCGGACGCUGCGGCGAACUGGUCAAGGUCAACUUUGAAAAGAGCUUGUGAAAAGAUUCCCAGAAGCCAAAAUCUGAGUAGGCCCUUUCCCGAGCUGCACCUGAACGCAGCGCAUCGCCGGUAAACGGGCGGCUCUCGCUACGAUUGUCGGCAGCGGCGUCAAGUCUUUCCGCCGUCGCCGUCAUGGACAGAGGAGGUUUGUCAGAGCGAGCGGUGGCUGACGCCUGCAAGGACGGCGACCCCGCCACCAAGGACUACAUGAUGCAGCAGACCAUGCUGAGGGUCAAAGAUCCCGCUCGCUCCCUCGACUUCUACACGAGAAUCCUCGGAAUGACGCUGCUGCAGAAAAUCGACUUCCCAUCGGUGCACUUCAGCCUUUACUUCCUGGGCUUCGAGAACAAGGCCGACAUUCCGGCCGACAUUCGGGAGAGGACAGCCUGGACGUUUUCGCGCCGAGCCACCUUGGAGCUCACGCAUAACUGGGGGUCCGAGUCAGAUGCAAGUUUGUCUUAUCACAACGGAAACAGCGACCCUAUUGGCUUUGGUCACAUCGGCAUUGCCGUGCCCGACGUUGGCAUCGCUUGCCACUUGUUUCAAUCUCUGGGCGUCACCUUCAUCAAGAAACCACACUCUGGCAAGAGGAAAGGUCUGGCCUUCGUUCAGGAUCCCGACGGCUACUGGAUCGAGAUCUUCACUCCGAACAAGAUGGCGGCCUUGAUGGCGCCUUGAACCGGACUGCCUGACAGACGGACUGGCGGAGGAUUUUGACUUUGUUGCUUGGUUGUUUGUUGUUACCAUGGUAACAAGACGCAUACUUUCACCACCACCAACGUCUCCUUUGGAUUUCUUGGCAAGUCAAACAAGGUGCGUGAUGAUGACAUCAUCGUGUGGUAGCGAUGACAUCACAUCCACAUGUUGCUAUGUCAUCAUUAUACACGGCGAUACCAUAAUCAUGUCUGAUAAUGUCAUAUCAUGUGGUGAUGUCAUCGGUAGUGAUGGCAUCAUCCAGUUAUGUUGUUAUAUGUGGUGAUGUCAUCUUACAUGGUGGUGUCAUCAUCAUAAUGCAGGGAUGUCAUAAUCAUGUCACGGUGAUGUCAUUUUCAUACUGGCGAUGACAUCAUCAUCAUGGGGCGGCAGCUCCACCUCCUGCGUCACGAGCGCGGCUGGAACGGAAUCUUUAUAUGUGCGGCCUUCUGUCUUGAGAUGAUCGGAGCACAAUACGACCAAAACUGUGAAAUGCCGGAUUUGUUAUCUUCACGUGUGUGUUCUGUCGCAGAUUAAUAAUCAUUUAAGACUUGAAAAAAUCUUACGUGUGUCCGAGGCCUUUGGUGCAUUUA